AUGACCAUGUCAAUUCAAUCUAAUAAGUACAACAAAAACGUCUUUGCUGAUCCAACACAAAUAAGGUAUUGUCUUCCAAUACCAGAGGCACUACUAUGUGCUAAAAUGGAAUGCCUUAACCGCCACCUUUUUUUCACUGAAUAUCCAAAUCCAUUGCCAAAGAAAUUUAUUCCUCUUCCUUUUCCAAAUAAAUUUCAAAAAAUUCGUUCAAAAAUAAUUUCAACAAUUUUUGGUCAAGCUGUCGGCGAUGCUGUUGGUUUUUUAAUUAAAUUUCUUUCUAAAGAACGAGCCGAAUUGAUUUAUAAACAUGAGAGAAUCAUAUUUUCAUGUUAUUUAAAAGAUACUCAUCGUUCCAAAUAA